AAAGAACCCAUGACGUGCAGCAUUUGCUGGAUACUUCUAUACGUUUCUGUAUGUAGGGAAGUGGAUUGAUCCACUCUACUUCAAUGACAGUGACGGGCAAGCAGAACAUGUCUCUUUGAACCAGACGGACAGACGGCGGCAAAGGGGGGUUUGGCUGCAGAACCGGCGCAUCCCUGCGGCCAAUCAGGCUUGUGGGAACUAGAAGUUCAUUGUUGGGCAACAGCGCUGAAUGGCGGUUAGGCUGCAGCGAUGUUCGUCCUGGACUGUGAAAGCCUGGGCCUGAACACAGCAGCGAACCCGCUAGCCGGUCGGCCACAUGCAGGUAGAGUGCACCAUGACGGCGGCCUUGCUUUUCCUUUUUUCUUCAUCUUCCAUCUGAUUGUCUUGCUCAACCCUCAUCGCCCAUCCAACAUCAGAUCAGACUUUUUACUGCCGCCUGGUUACUCCGGGCUGUGGUUGCUCGUCGCCCUGGGGGGAUGUUGGGUUUUCUUACUUGCUUCUGCAUCGCCCCAUUCCAUUGCGGCUGAGGAAGGCUGCCUGCGAUACGAAGCCCGGGCAAACACGCGGCCAGAGAAGCAGUCGCGAAGCCCGCGACUCAGUAACGACUAUCAUUCAUUCAAAAGAGGGGGGUGGAUAUAAAAAGACGCAGGUCAAAGGGGCGAAUGACAAUGCGUCAAAAUGGC